AUGGGUGAUGGAGAUUUCAGUGUGAGUGUGACCAAUGAAGAGGUGGUGGCAGCAGUGGUACCAAUGCAAGAACAUUGGCUUCCACUCUCCAACCUUGACCUCCUUCUACCUCCACUUGAUGUAGGAGUCUUUUUUUGCUACAAGAACCCUAGAGUGCUCACAUCCACAACCUUGGGGGAUUGUGACACCCACAAAAUGUCCUUUGGAUCAAUGGUGGGGUCUUUGAAAAAGGCCUUGGCACAAACCCUAGUCUCUUAUUAUGCUUUAGCAGGUGAAGUGGUGCUCAACAGCAUAGGUGAACCGGAGGUGCUUUGCAACAAUCGUGGGGUUGAUUUUCUUGAAGCUGAGGCAGAUGUUGAACUAAAGAACCUCAACUUUUACAACCCAGAUGAAACUUUUGAAGGGAAAUUUGUUCCAAAGAAGAAAAAUGGUGUUCUUGCUGUCCAGGUACUAGAUAUUAUACGUCAAUAA